CUCCUCUCUCUAGGUUUUCCGUGCUCCUCCCAUAUUUGGAGCAGCCCACUCUCGCCCUCUCGUUCCUCCGGGCGCGCUCUAAUCUCUUCCCCAGGCAGGCGCCGGUCACUCAGGCACGAGCGGCGCAAUGGAGAGCUUCUUGUUCACAUCCGAGUCGGUGAACGAGGGCCAUCCAGACAAGCUCUGCGACCAGAUCUCCGACGCCGUGCUGGACGCCUGCCUGGCGCAAGACCCCGACAGCAAGGUGGCCUGCGAGACGUGCACCAAGACCAACAUGGUGAUGGUGUUUGGCGAGAUCACCACCAAGGCCAACGUCGACUACGAGAAGAUCGUCCGCGACACCUGCCGGGAGAUUGGAUUCACCUCCGACUCCGUGGGCCUCGACGCGGAUCACUGCAAGGUUCUCGUCAACAUCGAGCAGCAGUCCCCCGACAUCGCCCAGGGAGUCCACGGCCUCGGCACGAAGAAGCCCGAAGAGAUCGGCGCUGGCGACCAGGGACACAUGUUUGGCUACGCCACCGACGAGACCGAGGAGCUGAUGCCGCUAAGUCACGUCCUCGCGACCAAGCUCGGCGCUAAGCUCACCGAGGUCCGCAAGAAUGGGACUUGCAGCUGGCUGAGGCCGGAUGGAAAGACCCAAGUCACCGUAGAGUAUCGCAACGAAGGUGGCGCUAUGGUCCCCAUCCGCGUCCACACCGUGCUCAUCUCCACCCAGCACGACGAGACCGUCACCAACGAUCAGAUCGCCGCCGACUUGCGGGAGUUUGUGAUCAAGCCCGUGAUCCCCGAGCAGUAUCUCGACGAGAACACCAUCUUCCACCUCAACCCGUCCGGGAGGUUCGUCAUCGGGGGUCCUCACGGCGAUGCGGGGCUCACUGGCAGGAAGAUCAUCAUCGACACCUACGGCGGCUGGGGAGCUCACGGCGGCGGAGCUUUCUCUGGGAAGGAUCCGACCAAGGUGGAUCGGAGCGGAGCUUAUAUCGUGAGGCAAGCUGCCAAGAGCGUGGUGGCGGCGGGGCUGGCUCGCCGAUGCAUCGUCCAGGUUUCUUACGCGAUUGGAGUCCCAGAGCCGCUGUCGGUGUUCGUGGAUAGCUACGGGACUGGGAAGAUCCCCGACGCGGAGAUACUGGAGAUCAUCAAAAACAACUUCGACUUCCGCCCGGGGAUGAUUGCCAUCCAUCUGGAUUUGAAGCGCGGAUCGAACAAGCGCUACCUCAAGACCGCUGCGUACGGGCAUUUUGGUCGCGACGAUCCGGAUUUUACUUGGGAGACGGUCAAGCCUCUCAAGUCCGAGAAGACUGCUGCUUGAGAAGGCAAGGGAGGUGAAAUUCUUCUUUUUGUUUGUAUUACCUCGCUAAAGGUGAAUGAAUCACGACCGCUGGAAUUGCUUUUUUUUU